UCUCUCCCUAUUCCUUCUUUCUUCAACUCUCUCUUCACUGCAACCAAACACUUCACUUUUCUCAGUUUCUCUCUGCACUUAUCAAAGAUUUAUUCUUUCUACAACUUGGAAUAUAAAUUAAUUUGUGGGUGUAUAUCUGAUUUUUUUCACCACAUGGAGAGGGAAUUCCUUGGAUUAAAUUCCAAAAAUAUUGCAUGGUUUAAUAUGAAAGGAGAUGCUUCCAACAAACCAAAAGACCCAGUGAGGAGUUCAGGAAUGCAGUGGUCAUUCUCAAAUAAGGCUUCAACCGUUCCUCAAUUCUUGUCCUUCAAGAACAACACUCAUGAAGAUAGGUCAAGAAAUACUACUAUGGAUCCACUAGCAUCAUCUGGAUAUAUGACAAUAUCAACUAAAGAUGCUUUUGAUUCUAACCAGAAAUCAUUCUUGGCUGUCACACAGGAAAGUUUGUCCAUAGGAAAGCAAGUAACAAACAAGCUUGGAAUGACAAUAUAUCCUAUGCAAUGUUCUGAUCAUGCACAAUCAAUUUGCAAUCAAGAAACAAGAAUAUUUUCAGUUUCAAACCAAUCUAAUCAAAUGUGUUCUGUUCUUCAAUCUAAUCAUGCUACUAAUGGAAUCAACAUGGUCAAUUCAGUUAUAAAAUCGCAAACUCUUGGUUCUAAAUCCUCUGCCACACCUUUAUCUGUUCUUCCAUCAAUAGGUUCCUUAAUUGGUUCAACUGAUUUAAGGAAUAGGAAUUGUUCCAAAUCAAAUGGUACACCUACUCAAUUGACAAUUUUUUAUGGUGGUUCAAUUUGUGUUUAUGAUGACAUAUCUCCUCAGAAGGCUCAGGCUAUCAUGUUACUGGCUGGAAAUGGUCCUAAAUUGCAGCCAGAAAUCUCUGUUCCUUCUGAAAAGGAUGGUUUCAUUAUAAGCCAAUCCUAUCCCUCACCAUUGCCACAUGCAAAUUCUCAACCUAGGGGAGGUUCAAGUAGCAAUAAUGAACAUUCAAUAAUAAGACCAAUAGUACCUUCAAUUGUCCCUAUUAAUCAUUUGGAAUCUUCUAUUGUUGCUACUUCAUUAAGAUCUACACCAACAAAAGUGAUUCAACCAGUAGGCUUGCCUCAAGCGCGUAAAGCUUCGUUGACUCGGUUUUUGGAGAAGCGAAAAGAAAGGGCAAUGAGCACAUCACCAUACUAUAUGUGCAAGAAAUCAUCUGAAUGCAACACUCUUGGAUCAGAUUCUACAAGUUUCUCUAUUGAUUUCUCAGCUUCAAGUCCUCAACUAGCCACCAACUUGCCCUUAAGAACAACAUGUAUGGAAGUUUAGAUAAUAUAAUACUACAUACUUUUUAAUUGUAAGAUCAAUUAUGUUGAUCACUAGCAGAGAUUUCUCAUAGGCAUUUUGGUCCUCUAAAUGAUGUUUUUUGUUUCCCAAGUUUUUUUAUAUAUAUAUAUAAUUGUCACCUUUUGUAAUAGUUUACUUCAUUAUGAAGCAUAUUGUCAUAUGAUUAAUUUUUUCUUUUUUUGACAAAAAAACUCAUCAUGUUGUAUAAUUACCUUUUUAAAUACAACAAUGAAUAUUCUUUAGAUUUAUUA